AUGGCUUGUAAUAUUGAUCAAUUUUUGGAACAGAAUACACCGAAAAAUGAACCAUUAAGAGGAAAGUACAUGAAAAGUUUUGGGUAUCAUUCCCUGAUGCGUAGAAUGCCGACCGUGUUUUCUGAAAUAACUGGUUUAUUAAAAGCCAAACAAUUCAAUUUGGCAAACAAAGAAGAAAUAAACAAUGUUAUUGACAAAUUGGAACUAUUACUUUCUGAAAUACUGAACAAUAAUCCUCUACGAAAAAUUGAUAGUACUUCUACAUUGUCAUUGAUGUGGAAUCAAAUACUAGAAAAAAAGUUUAAUUCAGAUUCUGUUGUAACAUGGUUUGAAACAGAAUGGCUUUUUACUGAGAAUUAUUUGUACAUAAGAUUAAAAGAGAUCUUUGAAAAAACGAAAACAUUACAAAAUUAUGACCCUUUUAAACAACUUAAGUACAAUGCUUUUGAUGAAUCUGAAACAACUAUGAUAGCUAUAGCGGAAUUUUUAAUUUUCCAAUUUUCCAAGAAAGAAUUAGAUAAUACAAGUUUGAAAGCUCUUUUUAUACAAAUGUUAAAGAUUUGUUUGUGGGGAAAUAGAUUUGAUUUGUCUCUUAACAUUGGAAAAUCAAAAAACAUUACCGAAGAUCCGUUAGAAGCUAUUGUGUCAUUGGAUAAAUAUAUUUUGGCUGAUCAUUCAGAUGAUAUUUGGAACACUUUGAAUGUUUCAAUUGAUAAAAAUCCCAAGAAAAUAGAUCUUAUUUUGGACAAUUCAGCUUACGAACUUUUUACGGAAAUGUGUUUGGCAGACUUUUUUGUUACUUAUGGAUUUGCCGAAGUUGUUGUCUUUCAUGGCAAAUCUAUCCCUUGGUAUGUCUCCGAUGUUACAAAACCAGAUUUUGAACAUUUUUUAAAUCGUCUAGAAAAACAAUGCACAUCCAGUGCCCUUCAAAAAAUUGGAAAUAGAUGGAACAAUUAUUACACAGCUGGUAAAUUUGUGAUUGAGUGUGAGGAGUUUUGGACCUUACCUCACUGUUAUUCGGCAAUGGCCAAUGAAGAUUCAGAGUUAUAUAAAAAGUUAACAACUUCUCAGUUAUUAAUAUUUAAAGGUGAUUUAAAUUACCGAAAACUAAUUGGGGAUAUCAAUUGGGAACCAUCAACUACAUUCAAGGAUGCCUUGUGUAGAUUUCAACCUACCGCUGUGGUGGCUUUACGUACAUUAAAAUGUGACUGUGUAUGUGGCCUGAACUCUGACUAUGAAACCAAAAUUGAUGAAAAUGAUAAAGACAAUAAUUAUCUUAAUUCCACUAAUUAUUGGCAAGUUAAUGGCAAAUACGCUGUUGUACAUUUAAGUAAAUAA